AUGGAACGUAAAGAUGAUGGAUUUGAUCUCACUCCCACAUAUGGACCAGGCUAUGUGAUACAGCCACACCAUGAUUAUACAUACGUGAAAGACCAGAAGGUCGUUGCAGAUAAAACAAGUCAACGAAGGAAGGAUGAAAAAGGAGAAGUUGAUCUUCGGCGUCGGAUUAACAUCUCAUCCGACUGCGCCACAGACAGAUCCUCACGUGAAUAUCACCAGCCACAUUCGAUGACCAGACGACAGCCUCGACGACAAAUCCCAACAACUUCAUCCUCGACAUCGACCUCGACCAUCCCAUCUGAUCUUCCACACAUCGCCCUAGCGAGAAAAGGUGGACUCUACAUCAUUGCGGAUACAGAUCUAUCACUUCUGCCCAUCACACACCCCGAUAGCCCUGCAUAUCGAGGCCCUCUUCCUCCAGAGAACAAUAUCACAAAGUCCUCAAGAUCAGGCACGACCAAUGCCACAGCUACUCCAUCAACUGGCAGGUCUUUGAAGCCCAAGGUUCCCCAUACCAAAUCAUCCAUGUCAACCCAUGACAGCCUGAUUACCAACGACAUGUCCAGCCCGGCUGCGCCCACGAUGGAAGACCAUUUCACUGUCUUCGUGCGCCUGCCAUACAAGCGGGGCUCAUUCACCGACCCGCCACCAGUAUCAUGGUCUGCAGCCAAGGAGCGUGCUCUAUGGGACAUUCUGUCACGCCAGUCCAAGAGCAAUGAAAUGGAUUGGAAGUCGAUGGCAGAGAGGUUUCAGGUGACCGAGAAGUUUUUACUGCAGCAAGCAGCCUGGCUCUACGAACGACAGUUGUCUCAGGUUCGAGCACAAAUGAGAAAAGUUGGUAAUCGUCAAUCAGCAACUCCAUCACCCGCUCCAGGAUCGGCCUCCACGAGCAUGGUUGGUGGCCAAGCAAUGAAGCGAGCUGGCAGUGGAGGGUCACGUGUUCCCAGCCGGUUAUCAACCCAAGCCAUAGGAAGUCCCAUCAUCGGGGCUGGGGAUAGCACUCCUGGUACACCUGCGAAGAGUCGGACAUCUCUGCCAUUUCGGGCCUCAUCUGGCACCACAAAUGUCAACGUUGCGACCCAGUCACGCACAACUUCUUCCGCAGCGAGGCCGCUAUCACGACAAUCAUCCAAGGACAAUGAGCCCGGCGCUGUGUUUCCACAAACGCAAUCCCGUCGUGGUAGUAUGCAGCAUCAGAUCCUACGAUCGCCGAUCCUACCUCGAUCUAGUCCUUCUAUCCAACAGACCAAACAAGAAUCAUCCGACUCAGAAGAAGACCUGACGCAGUCUCGGAAUUUCGUGCGACGACCAAACCCUUCUUCAAUACACCGACGAGCAGUGUCAUUACGCAAAGAGAUACCUUCUCAACACACUGGAUCGUCGACCCCAAUCGACCAAGCAUCAGGCUCCCCCAUCCCACCACAACACAACCAAGAUCAAGAGGAUGAUGACGACGACGAAGACGAAGACGGCCCAUCAUUCCUACCAUUUGUGGCGCCUGCUGCUAAUCCCACCUCCAACAAAACCCGCCCGUCAUCAUCGUCGCAACAAGACCCUUCAGCAACGCUGCGCGGGACUUUGUACCAACUCCAGACCCAAAACGUACGUCCGACCCUGAAUCGAAGGGGAACGAGCGAACGAAUCAUCAACUCUCCCACAGUUGAACCACCUACACCAAGAGCCAAAGACCGCGCAAACACAGAAGGUCGAUCACCAUCGCUGGGCUCUCCAACCACUACCACAAUACAACACGGCCACCCUGUUAGUCAGGGCACAGGUAUAUCUAGUGGCAAUACGUCGACACGACCAUUGAGUUCACCUCUAACACGUCAUGCUCCAUCCCCAGCCCAACACCGCACACCUCUGACAUCGACGUCAUCAAGACCAACGAUAAGCAACAGCAACGUCAACCCUCGAUCCAACCUCACCACGACCACCAGCAAUAACAGCAACAACCACCCCGGCAGCGAUACAUCACCUAGCAUGGGCAGUUCAUUCAGUGAUCUAGAGGAUGCUAGUGUGACGCAGUCGGCGCUUGAAGAAGCUCUGAUGAGUGGGAUUGGAAACACCGCUAGUAUCAUGACUGUUGGCAGUACUAGUACCAGCACCCAUCCCAAUGCGGCCAACGAUAGAGCAACAGGUCCAGCUGCCGUCGCUGGUCGAGCCACCACGGGCAUUGCUCAAGCUUUGAGAUCAAGAUAUUUUGAUGGUCGGGACAGAAGAUGACGAAACGUCAUGCAUGUAUGGUCGGAGAUGAAGUAGAGAAGGGAUGGACAGAGCAAGCGACAUUGAGUGGCUGUGAGAGCUUCCAAAUUGGAUCGAUCGGGUUAUGCCACGCCCCCUUGUUUGUGUUUCCAUCGAAUUGAGCUGACCUGGAGAUGACCAAGUUCAAUCGUUUUUGCUUUUUUUCAUUUCUGAGCGAUACUCUGCAAGCCUGUGAAUAGUACCUGUUUGAGUAAUGAUCAUGAAUAUACCUACCUAGAUUCUUGAAAAUUUUUGGCG